GGAAGAGAGGCGUGCUCUCUGAGGAAGACGAAACAGCCGAAAAGGGAGUUGGCCGGAGGCAGAAGAACAGCUGAAGACCGAUGAAGCCUUGUCCGAAAGGGUACAAGAAACCUGCAAAUGUUCCAGCCCUCAAUAUGGACUUGCUCUCUGGAGGCAGUCCCAGUCAGAGAUGUGGCACUCUCUCCCCCACGUUGUCGACCGUUGAGUCCAUCCUUGAGCAGCUGGAAGGGGGUAAUGACGAGAAACCGGUCAUGGGCGUACCGAUCUGCGAAGGCCAGGUGGUGGAAGGGAAGCCUGGCGAGCAAGAACAGGGGAUGGAUGUACCUAUGGCCGGCGAGGAAGGGCAGCUGCUAGAAGGGAACAAGGAGAAGCAGCUGGUGGUGAUGGAGGUGCAGCUCUCCGAGAGCCAGCUCCUCUGGUGUCGUCGAGCUUGUCAGGCCAUGGAGGAGAAAUGGAGGUCGAAAGAUAAAAACAAGGAUUUCUUUGAGGAGUACAAAGCGCUGAAGGAGGAGACAGAGUACGAGGAGCCUCACGCUGCGGCCAGAAAAUGCUUGGUGGGAGGGCUCGCUGUCAAUGUCAGCAAGAACAGGUAUUCGAACAUUGUACCUUUCGACAGGACACGUGUCGAGCUGGUAAUGGACGAGGACUCGAAGGUUGUAUCAGAUUACAUCAAUGCCAGCUACAUCAGGGGCGACUGGAGCGAGUCCACCGAGCUCCUGCAGAGCGUAGGAGGAGGAGGAGGAGGAGGAGGAGGAGGGGAGGGAGGAGAGGAAGGGAGGGUGAAAGGAGGUGGCGAUCGUGGUGGCUUCAGUGAUAAGAGGAAGAGGCAGGGCAACGGGGGUGUGGAUGUUAAGAGGGAGAGCUACUGUAGUACGAUCAGCCUUCCAACGUAUAUUGCAACACAAGCUCCGCUGCCCUGGACUAUUUUGGACUUCUGGACGAAGGUGAAACAACUGGGUUGUCGAGCUGUGAUAAUGUUGAUGGAAGAUUUGGAGUGUAAGCCUGGCGAAGCGUACUUUCCUGAUGAGGAAGGGGAGUCCUGCAGCUUUGGUCGCGUGGUCAUCAAAACUAUGUCCAAAACGUUUUUGCAUCCGGCAAUUACGCGAAGAGAUAUUCUCAUCAUACCAUCUCCUUCUUCUCCUCCUUGUCCUCCUCCUCCUCCUCCUCGCUCACCUCGUGGCCCGCCUGGUGAUUCUUCUCGUUCUCCUUCUCACUCUUCUGCGCUAUCACACCCUUCUCCUUCUCCUCCCUCUGGACCUCUGUGCACUCCUCCUCCUCCCCCUCCCUUUCUAUCGCGAUCAAAGCCGUGUCCGUUUCCGUCCUCUCGAGGUCAACCCCCUCCUUCUCCGUCUCCGCCCUCGCCAGCUGAACCCUCUCCUUCUACCUCUCCUCACUCAAGACAUCAACCUGCUCCUUCUACCUCUCCUCACUCUAGACAUCAACCGUCUCCUCCAUCUCUGCCUCCUCCUCCUCGUCCUGCAGGCACUGCACUUCAGGAUGAGCGCAGACCACAGACGCCUCAGCAAAGGCACGACCAAGAGCAAGAGGAAGAGCAAGAGCCCUUGCUUGUUGAACAUUACCACCUCCACGACUGGCCUGAUCAAGGAGUUCCGUCAUCAACUCGGUCCAUUCGAUUGCUACUUCGCCAGAUUCGUACCUCAGCUGUCUCGAAUGGUCCGUUCGGUGUUCAUUGCGUUGCAGGGAGCGGGCGGACAGGAGUUUUCUGUGCCGUCGAUCGAGCACUUCGAAAGGUUUUGAGCGGAGAUCUGUCCGCCAUUAACAUGAGGGAGGAGGCGAGGUGGCUGCGGCAACAACGGCCAGGCAUGAUCCAGACGAUGGAGCAGUACUUCUUCUGCUACAAGGUCCUCUGGGACGCGUUGGCAGAACUGUCAGCAACAGCCGCUGGUAGAGACCAAACUGUUCGACGGCCGGUCCCAUUUGCAGUCUGACAUCGGGUGGUCAAUGGAACCUAUCAGCUGAUGGGCGCAUAUGGGGUUAGGGUGCCGCGUCACAUA